AUGGAAUAAUUGUAAGUAAUAUAUUUUCUGACAUUGUUUUGAGAAAGUAGACAGAAUAUAUUGAAUAUAGUGGGAGUAUUGGGAUAAAUUUGUAUAAAAAUACAUAAAUAGUUUAUAAUUUUAUUGAAUAAUUGCCAACUUUAACAAUAAUUUUUUGGGUGAAACCUUAAAAUAUCCUAUCUUCAUUUUAAUUUUUAUCAUUUACAGAUGAUGUAUUAUAAGAAACAAGUAUAGGUUUUGGAGUUAAUAAGUUUUAUAAUCUUCUGUUUUAUUAAAUUUAUAAUAAAACCCCAGUCUGUAAUUUAACUUAGAAUAUAUGGAAUCAUGUUACAAUUGGAAUUUUGGAUAUUAGUUUUGAUGAUGAUUUUGAAUAACUAAAUUAAAGGAAAUUAAUGAGAAUUUUUAUCGAUAAUGUUUAAAGUAACUUAACUGUUAUAACAAACAUUAAGCCAUAUAAAAGAUUAGUUUUAGGACCUGUAUUUAUGGAUGAUAAAGGAUCAGAAAUAAUUGAUAUUUAAGAUAUCAAAAUUUUUAAAGGAUUUGGAAUCAGAUAAACUUUAAAUCAUGAUUGUUUGAUAUUUGUAGGCGAUUAUUGUGCAUUUUGUAAAUCAGGCACUCAUUAUUGUAAAGAAUAAGAUCCUAAUGAUGAUACAAAAGUCUAUCCUUGUCCAGCAGGAUAUAAAGAAUAAUAAAAUAGCUGCUCCAAAAUAAUCAUUCCAAAUUGUCUCAGAUUGUCAUCAUCUUCAUUAUCAUGUGAUAUUUGUGAAUAAAAUUAUGCAUUAAUGAAUGGUUAAUGCAUAUAAAACAGUGUAAUUUUAUCUUCUCCAUUCAAAUGUUCUGAUUAAAAUGCACAAUUUUGCUCAUUCAACUAAACUUUAAAUGUUCUAAGCAAUACUUUAGAUGAAAAACAAGUAAGUAAAUAAAUAAGUAAAUUAUGUACUAAUAAUUUAUAUUCUUCUUCUCAAUUAAAAUGCACUGGAGCAGCAGUGUCUUCAUGCUUAAAAUCUUAAUUUAAUAGUAAAUGUACUUAAUGCAACAAUAACAAUGUAUUAACUGAAUUAAAAGAAUGUAAAUCUUCUUGCUCAACUAACUUACGAUUUAUAGCAUCAAAUAAAAUUUGUGUAGGUAAGUGUGAAAGAUAUUUAUUCAAUCUUACUUUUCCAAAUGGUAAAUAGAAUACAAAUUAUUACUGUAAUCCAGCAAUAAAUUGUACAGUUACCGAACUUGAUAUUGGUUAUUACUGUUUGACAAAAGAAUAAUUUUAAACUCCUUAAAAAAUUACUUACUUAAAAGUAAACACUCUUACAACUACAAAAUGCCAUAGUAAAUGUUAUUAUUGUUUUGGACCUCAAGAAUCAAAUUGUUUGAAAUGCUUUUAAAAUUUUUAUUAUAACCCUUAUAUGACAUCUUGUAUUCCAGAUUGCUCUAUAACUUAAAAUAAUAAAUUCAAUUUUAAUAACAAAUAUAAUUGGACUUGUGAAUUAGAAUGUCCAACUUGGUUAUAUACAGAGAAUAAAAAUUGUGUUAAAGAAUGCAGCGUUGGAUAUAAAUUAUUUUAGAACUAAUGCCUGAAAGCAAAUUUAAUUGAUACAUAUGAAGUAGUAUAAGAAAUUCCUGACGAAGUAUCACCCAAAUCAAUUGUUUUACUUUAAUAUUGUCCCUAAUUUUGUAAAUCAUGUACUAGCGAUAAAUUUUGUACUAGUUGUUUAUAUCAGUAUCCAAUGGAUUAGAAUAUGUGUGUUAAGUCAUGUUAUCCUCAAUACUUAGAAAUAAUAGAUAAUGUUAGUUCCUGUAGAACAUCUUGUGAUCCUCAAGAUUUAAUUUAUGAGAAUAACAAUAUUAAUGGAUAUCAGAUUAAUUAAUGCUUUAAGGAGAAAUGUGGUACUAUAAGAGCCAAUAAAGAUUAUUAAACUUUUCUGCAUCAAACUGAUACUCAUCGAUGUAUGUAUCCAUGUGAGGAUGGAUAUUAUGGUAAUACCUUACUCUUAUAAUGUUUACCAUGUAGCCAUACUUGUGCUACUUGUGAAUAAAGUGCUAUCUUCUGCACUUCUUGCCCUUACUUUAAAUUUUUAGAUUAAAAUAAUUGCUAUGACUCUUGCUAAGGUAAGUUUUAAAAUUAUUUGGACUUUGUAUGUGAAGGAUCAUGUUCAUCAGGAUAUUAAGUGAUAGAUCAAUCAUUAAGUAUAUAUGCAUGUGUUUAAAGUUGUGGAUCUAAAUAUCAAACUUUUUAAUAUUCUUUGAAUAAUAGGUGUUAUGAAGAGAUGCCAGAGGUAGGAGCAUAUUGCGAAGGAUUUAAUUGUUAUAAUUGUAAUUAUAAAUGCAAAACAUGCUCGGGUCCAAACUCAAAUUAAUGUUUAAGUUGUAAACCUAAAUCAUAUUUAAAAAACAAUGAAUGUAUUAAAUAGUGCUAUCCAUAAUUUAAUGAUAGUUUAAAUUGGAAAUGUGUUGAUGUAUGUGAAUAAUCUAUAAAAACCUUUGGUCGAGAAAAUAUUAAUGGUAAUUCUGUAAUAGUUACAUAUUGUUCAGUAACUUGCUUGUUUAAACAAUAUUAAUUCAAAGAAAUAUGCUAUGAAUUGAAACCUUCAGAAACAUACUGUUUAGAUAGAAAAGACUAUUAUUUUUGUGAUAGUUGUGCCUCAGUUUGCAAAGAAUGCCAAAAUGCUUACUCUACAUCAUGUUCAAAAUGUUCCCCAGGUGCUUAUAUACAUGGAUCUACUUGUUAUACGGAUUGUCCAAGUAUUGCACCUUAUAAAGAUUAAAUCACUUUACAAUGCGUUUCUAGUUGCACUUAUUUUGCAGAAAAUGGCUCUUGCGUUUAUUAAUGCUCUAAUUCAUAUUACUAAUAUCCCGCCUUAAGAACUUGCUAUUAAAUGGGAUGUCCUAUGGGAACUUAUAAUCUAUAAUAUACAAAAUUAUGUUUAAGCUGUUACCCUGGAUGUGCAACAUGCAAAAACGGAAAUUAUAAUGGAUGUUUGACAUGCUCAGUUGGUUACUUUAUGAAUGGAGGGACAACUUGUAUUAAUUCUUGCAUUAUUGAACCUGAUUUAGUUUAAGAUUGGGUUAACGGUAAAUGUGUUUAAUAGUGCCCUUAAGGAACUUAUAUAAGAACAUUAGAUAGUGGAGCGCUUGCUUGUACUGAAGAUUGCCCCAAAUAUUAUUAUUCUAAUAUUUGUGUUUCUGCAUGCCCUAGCUAAACCUAUUUAGAUAAAUAAAUUUGCAAAAGUUGUGCUGGUCCAUGCUCAGAAUGUUUUGGUGUUAAAAUUAAUGAGUGCACUAAAUGUGAUCUUGGCUAUUAUAGAGAUUAAACAACAUGUUAUUCUGUUUGCCCUGAUUAUAAACCUUAUGCAAAUUUAGCUGACUAAACAUGCGUGGCAGCAUGUCCAGACUACUUAUACUUGAAAAAAAAUUAUUGUUUUAGUCCUUGCCCUACAUUUUUAUACUAUUAUGAAUUAAAUGGUAAAAAAGAAUGUGUAGAUUAAUGCUAUUCUAAAUCAUACUUAUGGCUUGGUAAAUGCUAUGAAUGCAAUUCUAUAUGUAAAGAAUGUUUUGGACCAAAUAAUGGUAAUUGCUUUGAAUGUGAACUUCCUUAUUUUUUGAAUGAUUAGACUUGCUAAAAUAAUUGUCCUCAGUUUUAUGAUUUAACAGACCAUGUAUGUAAAGAUGCAUGUCCUGUUCAUUUAGUAAUUUAAGGAGUUAAUUGUUAAAAUGAAUGUGAUUCUGGAUAUUUAGUCUAUAAUUAAGUUUGCGUUUAAUAAUGCCCAAAAUUCGCAUAUCUUGUAGAUGAUCACUGUUAUGAUUGCAAUUUAUUUUGUAGUUCUUGUUAUGGACCAACGGCUAAUGAAUGCUAUUCUUGCAUAGAAAAUUAUUUUUUAGAUGAAUAAAGUUGUAAAUCAGUUUGUCCUUUAUAUUAUAAUAAUGAAACUAAUAAAUGCAUGGCAGAUUGUAGUAAUAUGUUUGAAAUAACAGAAAAAAAAGAAUGUGUUUCAUCAUGUCCAUCAAAUUAUAUCAUCUGUUAAUCUAAAUGUGUUUUAGUUCUAUAAGAUGGAUAUUAUUUAGAUGGCAAUUAAUGUUAAUAAUGUGACUCUAAAUGUUCAAAAUGUACUUCAGCAACAGUUUGUUAAGCUUGUGCCAACAAUUUUUAUCUUGUAAGUCAAUUCUUGUGUUAGUUUUUGUUCAAAUGA